AGUUAAUCCUAUCAGUGUGAUAUAAAACGGUGUUGAUUUCUUAGAUUUAUUAAGAUUACGAAGAUGGGUGGAAAAUGGAGUAUUGCCAUUUUUCUAGUACUGUGCUUCGCAUGGCAAGUCAAAGGCGCAGUUACUUGCACAGCUAACGGUCGCUACCCUGAUCCAGCAGACUUGACUUGUAAAAACUAUACCCUCUGUGUCGCCCUCUCCAAUACUAGUUUCAUAGGCUACAACUACGUUUGCCCAAAUGCGUCGUUGUUUAAUCCAGCCAUCGCACAGUGUACUUCCAACUACGUCUGUAACGUCAGGUCCGUAUGCACAACCGAGGGGUUCUUUGAAGAUCCCAAUUCGUCAAAUUGUUCCACCUUUAUAUCGUGCGUUAACAUUGGUGGCACAUUUGUUCAAACCACUCUAAGCUGCCCUCCCAAUACCUUUUACAAUCCAGUCACCACUUUAUGCGAACCAGAUUAUAAUUGUGUAUUCAUAUGUAGAGCUGCUGGAAGAUAUGCGAACCCAGCGGAUAGGAGUUGCAAUACUUAUUUCUUGUGUGUUAACGCUAAUAACGGGACGAUUGCCCAGUACCAAUAUGCAUGCCCAACAGUUUCAGUAUUCAGUCCCGCAACAAGUGUUUGUACAACCUCAUAUACUUGUCCAACGUCUUAGCUGCCUUAGUUUAUUGAUAUAGACUAAACAGUAAAAGCCAUAAAAAUUACUAUGACGUCUCAAGGUUUAUGAUCCGUAUCUUAUAAUUCUAAGUAAGUUGAAUUCAAUGAAAGUGAAAAACAGCGUGAAUUAAUUUUUAGAAAGUAUUUUAUUUUGUUCAUUUUAUAUACUUAAAUUGGCGAGUUUGGGUGUACAGUUUGUCUUCACGCACUCGUAGACACAAUCGACAGGCACACCGCACACUGGAUCUGAAAUUGCUAUUGAUUUCUGAAUAACGUUUCUCCUGCGUUGUGUGUAGGUACCUAACUAAAUUAUGUAAAUAAGUAGAUAUUAAGUUUUUUGUUCGGACGAAAAUGUAAAAUUUAUGGUCGUGAUAUCUAAAUCUCACUUAAAAUACUUAUCUACCUAUAACUCGAUUUACUGAGAAAUUUCAUCAUAGGUAGAAAAAUCAUAGGUAGAAUCUUGAUUAAUUUUAGUGAUAUUUAGCCUAAGCCUAUAAGGUAAGGUUUUUGAUGAAAUGAUGAGUGAAGUUGGUAGUUGGAUAAGUACUUAUAUAGGUUGAUCUUAUCAGAUGUAAAUGAGUAUAAUAUAAUGAUAGCAUAUAUAAAUAAAUUAGGAACAUGUGUAGCGAU